GUCCGCUCUUCUGGCCCUCUUGCCUCUUCACAGCGCUCCCUUCGUCGUCUUCGUCCCCUUGCUCGACCUCCCGUCCGUUUCCCGGUUUCCGAAUGCCCACUCCGACCAAAACCCUAGCUGCUUCGUGAAGGCGGAGGGGAGGAGAUGGCGGCAGCGGAUGGGAGCGGCGGCGACUACCGGGCCAGGGGCGGCGGCGUUGGCGGUCGGAUUGACCGGCUGGUGGUGGAGAACUUCAAGUCGUACAAGGGCGAGCAGACGAUUGGGCCCUUCGUCGACUUCACCGCCAUCAUCGGCCCUAACGGCGCCGGCAAGUCGAACCUGAUGGACGCCAUCAGCUUCGUGCUGGGCGUGCGCUCAGCGCACCUUCGCGGCGCGCAGCUCAAGGACCUCAUCUACGCCCUCGACGACCGCGACAAGGAGGCCAAGGGCCGCAGGGCUUCCGUCCGCCUCUUCUACCGCCAAUCCAACCAGGAGGAGCUCUGCUUCACGCGCAGCAUCACCGGCGGUGGCGGCGGCAGUGAGUACCGCAUCAACGGCAGCCCAGUCACCUGGGACCAGUACAACGCCAAGCUCAGAUCCCUCGGCAUCCUCGUCAAGGCCCGCAACUUCCUCGUCUUUCAGGGUGAUGUGGAAUCCAUCGCCUCCAAGAACCCCAAGGAGCUCACCGCUCUCCUGGAGCAGAUCUCAGGCUCUGAUGAGCUUAGGAGGGAGUAUGACGAGCUGGAGGAGCAGAAAGCCAGGGCCGAAGAGAAGUCUGCGCUUGUCUAUCAAGAGAAAAGGACCAUUGUCAUGGAGCGGAAGCAGAAGAAGGCACAAAAAGAGGAGGCAGAGAAGCAUCUACGCCUUCAGCAGGACCUGAAACUGUUGAAGACAGAGCAUUACCUUUGGCAACUCUAUACCAUCGAAAAAGACAUCGAGAAAGUUGAAGCUGAGCUUGUGGAGGAUAGAGAGUCUCUUCAGCAAGUGCAGGAAGAGAAUCGAUCCAGUGACUAUGAACUGACUACAAAAAAGAAGGAGCAAAGUGUAUUUCUCAAGAAAAUGACAGUGUGUGAGAGGAAUAUAGCCAGGAAAAAGCUUGAAUUUGACAAGAAGCAACCUGAGCUUCUUAAAUUGAGAGAGCAAAUAUCUCGGCUCAAAUCAAAAAUCAAAAGUUGCAAGAAAGAGAUUGACAAAAAGAAGGAUGAUCACAAAAAACAUCUGGGAGAGUUGAGAAGGCUGCAAAGUGAUCUGGUUGAGGUCACAGAAGCUAUUGAGGAAUUGAAUGAGCAAGGACAAGAUAAAAGUGGAAAACUGCUAUUAGCUGACGACCAACUCCAGGAGUAUCAUAGAAUUAAGGAGGAUGCAGGAAUGAAGACAGCAAAGCUAAGAGAUGAGAAGGAAGUUAUAGACAAAAAAUUAAAUGCUGAUGUUGAAGCAAAAAAGAAUUUAGUGGAGAACUUGCAGCAGCUGGAAAGCCGCAAGGACGAGAUAUCAUCACAAGAGCGUGAACUGCAGACAAAACUUAACAAGAUUCUCCAUUCUAUCCCCAAGCUAGAAAAUGAGCUCACACACUUGCAUGAGGAACACGACAAAAUUGCAAAGGAACGCCAAACUUCAGGAUCUAGGUACCAAAAUCUGAAGCAGAGGGUGGAUGAAAUAGAAACAAAACUACGGGAGCUUAAAGCUGACAAGCGUGAAAAUGAGCGUGAUGCUCGAUUAAAAGAAACUGUUGUAACUCUAAAGCGGCUAUUCCCUGGAGUCCAUGGCCGCAUGCUUGAACUUUGCAGGCCCUCACAGAAGAAAUAUAAUCUUGCUGUUACUGUUGCCAUGGGGAAAUUCAUGGAUGCAGUUGUAGUGGAAGACGAGAACACUGGAAAGGAAUGCAUUAAGUAUCUGAAGGAGCACCGGGAUCCUCCACAGACAUUUAUUCCCUUGCAAUCAGUUCGUGUGAAGCCAAUAAUUGAGAAGCUGCGAACUCUUGGUGGAUCUGCGCAGUUAGUUUUUGAUGUCAUUCAUUUUGACCGAGUUUUGGAGAAAGCAGUUCUGUAUGCUGUUGGAAAUACACUUGUCUGUGAUAAACUUGAUGAAGCUAAAGCCUUAAGUUGGAGUGGUGAAAGGUAUAAAGUUGUUACUGUUGAUGGGAUUCUGCUGACUAAAUCUGGAACGAUGACUGGUGGAACAAGUGGGGGGAUGGAAGCUAGAUCAAACAAAUGGGAUGACAGUGCAAUAGAAUCUUUGAAGAAGAACAAAAAUAAGUUGGAAACUGAAAUGUCAGAACUUGGUUCCCCCAGGGAGCUGCAGAGAAAGGAGCUUGCCAUAUCUGAGAAAAUAACUGGACUUGAGAAAAAGUUGCACUACUCGAAUGUUGAACAGAAUAACCUUAGAGGGAAACUAGCUAAAUUAGCAUCUGAGAGGAGUAAUAUUGAGGCAGAGAUUAAACGUCUGAAGCCUGGAGAGGAGGAGCUCGAGACCCGUAUUGCUGAGAGGGAAGCAGAAGUAAGAAAACUUGAGAAAAAAAUUAAUGACAUUGUGGACAAGGUGUACAGAGAUUUUAGCAUUUCAGUUGGUGUGAAGAAUAUCCGCGAGUAUGAAGAAAGGCAGCUAAAAGAUGUUCAGGCACUACAGGAGAGGAAGCUAAGCCUAAGUAACCAAAUGUCAAAAUUGAAAUACCAGCUUGAAUAUGAACAAAAGCGAGAUAUGCAGGCACCAAUUGUGAAGUUAACGGAGACACAUGAGUCCCUAGAGAAAGAGCUGAAGGGCUUACAGGAGAGAGAGUCUGGUGCUAAGGCUGAAGAGAAACACAUUUUGACUCAGAUGGAAGAACUGAAGACUGAGGCUGAUGACUGGAAAGCCAAGUCGGACGAAUGUGAGAAGGUUAUUGAUGAAUUAAAGGAGCAGAAUGGUAAUGUUGCAUCUACAUUGGCAAAGCUGGAUCGCCAAGUGAAAUCAAAGGAGGCACAACUUGCACAACUUAUAUCACGCCAGCGGGAGGUUCAUGAGAAGUGUGAACUUGAACAGUUGAAGCUUCCUACAGUAAAUGACCCAAUGGAUACCGGAACAUCCUCACAAGAACCAAUCCUUGAUUACAGCCAGCUUAGCAAAAGCCAUCUGCAGGAUAUACGACCUUCUGAACGCGACAAACACGAGGCAGAGUUCAAAAAAAGAACAGGUGUGCUACUGGCUGAUAUUGAGCGCACUGCUCCUAAUCUAAAAGCACUGGAUCAAUAUGAUGCACUCCAAAGAAAGGAAAAGGAGGUUACUGAAAGGUUUGAAGCAGCUAGGAAAGAAGAACGAGAGAUAGCUGAUAAAUAUAACUCAGUCAAGCAAAGGAGGUAUGAGCUGUUUAUGGAGGCCUUUGAUCACAUAUCUAAAGGCAUUGACAAAAUCUAUAAGCAGCUGACAAAAAGCCAUACACAUCCACUUGGAGGAACAGCAUAUUUAAAUCUAGAAAAUGAAGACGAACCAUUUCUACAUGGAAUCAAGUACACAGCUAUGCCACCUACCAAACGGUUUAGAGAUAUGGAACAGUUAUCUGGUGGGGAGAAGACUGUUGCAGCACUGGCCUUGCUUUUUGCCAUUCACAGUUUCAGGCCAUCACCGUUCUUCAUAUUGGAUGAAGUAGAUGCUGCUCUAGACAAUUUAAAUGUGGCCAAGGUUGCUGGGUUUAUCAGAUCAAAAUCAUGUGACCGUGUCGCUGAUGAACAAGGCAGUGAUGGAGCAUGUGGUUUUCAGAGCAUAGUCAUAUCACUGAAGGAUAGUUUUUAUGACAAGGCCGAAGCACUUGUUGGUGUUUAUAGGGACUCAGAACGAAGUUGCUCGAGCACUCUCACCUUCGACCUCAGAAAGUAUAGGGAAGCAUGAAACAACUUUUGUUGGAUAUAUAUAUAGUUGCCACUGUAUGUGAUUGCUUUUUUUUAGAUAAAGAACUGUAUGUGAUUGCUAGCUAGCUGUCGUGAACCUUAGACGUUUUAACUACUUGUGUACAUAGUCGCGUAAGCUAUUAGCUGAACAGGACACUUGAAUAUUCCUGAUUCAUGUGGUAGGUUUUAUGGCUUGAUGUUUCCAACAUGCAUGUACCUUUUUACCUAUUAAUUAUUAUUUAUCCCCACGGUUCGCCCAACAUCAA